AUGCCGGGUCGCUUGGCUUUCAUUGUCCAGGUGGAGGUCUGUUCUGAGGAAUGGGCAUCAAUGACCCUCACUGCUAACUUGGACAACAGAGUGAAGAAGAUCACUGAAUAUGUCUGGGCUCAGACCAACGUUCCUGUGCAGGACCAGGUCCUUCUGCUGGGAUCCAAGACUCUCAAGCCCCAGAGAAAGCUGUCAUCUUAUGGCAUCGACAGGCAGACGACCAUCCACCUCACUCUAAAGGUGGUGAAGCCCAGUGACGAGUAGCUGUCCCUGUUUCUGGUGGAGAUUGGUGAUGAGGGGCAGAGGCACCUCCUCCAGGUGCGAAGGUCCAGUUCGGUGGCCCAGGUGAGACAGAUGAUUGAGAGCAAGAUGGCUGUAGUGCUGCCUGAGAAACAGACUGUGGUUUGCAAUGGCAAGGAGCUGGAAGACGGGAAGACCAUGGGGGAGUAUGGCAUCAAAAGGGGCAGUUUAGGGGCGCCUGGAUGUGUUGCAGCCUCCGCAGGAGCGCGGGUGACCCCAGAGUAG